AUGGGGCUUUUUCCCAUCAUGAAGUUUUCCACGUUUUUAAUAAUCCUGCUCUCAAUCGGCCUUGCGCUGGGGGAAGAUGUAGAUGAUAUAUUAAAGUCGCUACCGCCAAAUUUUCUUGAUAACUUGAUGGAAAAUGAUGGGAAACUUCCGGACUCUGAAGAAUUCGGGAAAGAGAAGGAAGAACCUGAUUUAAAGGAGAAGUUCAGCCUUGGCGAGGGCUUGAAGUCUCAUGUUGUUCCGAUGGGAGUACCAGUACCAGGCUUAGGAGUUCCGGUGAAAAAAGCCGUGCUGAAGAAAGCUGUAGCCAAGAAGGUGAUAGGAAAGAAGAUAAUAGCAAAGAAAGUAAUACUACCUAAGGUUGUAGCAGCCAAAGUUGUUGCCCCUUUAAAAGUAAAAGCAGUUGCCAAGAAGAAGGUUCAUAAGUUGAAACCUAUUGUGCAUGUAAUUGAAAAGCCAGUUGCUGUUUAUCACAAAGUUCCUGUUCCGAAAAAAGUGAUAAUCCCCAAGUUUUAUCCAGUAAUCAAACCAAUCCCAGUCCCCAAGUUUAUUCCGGUUCCCAUCAAAGUUCCAGUGAAGAAAAUUAUUCCUAAAAUUGUCAAGAUUCCAAAGCCUAUCCCGAUUCCCAAAAUUGUGCCGGUCAAGAAGCCUAUUCCAAUUGGCAUUCCAUAUCCAGUUCCGAAAUUCUACAAGGUUCCAGUGCCAAAACCAGUGCCCUAUAAGAAAUACAUACCUAUACCAAUACCGAAAAAGGUUCCAAAGUUCAUUCCUAUUCCCAUCAAGAAGAUAAUUAAGGUACCUAAACCUUACUAUGUCCCAAUUAAAGUGCCACAUGUCACAACAAGUUAUGUGAAGACUCCAAUGCAAGUCGAUGUUCCAGACAUAAAGAAGGAAAGCCUUAAGAAACCCGUAGAUGCUUUAAUUGCUGGCAAAGGAAUGUUGAAACUUGCUGAAGGAAAAGUUAAAUCAAAAGCUGAACCGUUGGAUGAAUUCAUCGGCCAAGAGGAUAAAGAUCUUCUCAAAUUACUAAGUGGCGAGAAGAAAAAAUAA